ACUGCUACUUCUCGUGAUACUUCCUUCAUAUUUACAAGCGCAAUUGGCUUAAAGUAAGCUUAUUUUCAUCAACUUCACAUCAUUAUGAUGCGUUACUGGGGUGAGAUCCCUGGACCUUCAGGUGUUCCCCCCAGUCGCAGCUCCUUCGACUUGCUCCAGCGUGAGUUUCGCUCUGUGGAGAUGCAGGACCCUCCCCUGCACCAGCCCUCUGCCCAGCGUCCACGACCCACCACAAUGCUGGACAUCCCAUCAGAGCCAUGCAGUCUCACCAUCCACACGGUGCAGCUGUGUCAGCAUGCCCGUCGCCUCCGGGCUCUUCUGGCAGCGGCCCAGGCUCAGGGUCAGAGCUCUGUGUCUUCUGAGGGCAGCGGCCGGAUAGAGGAGGCUGACGCCAGCCUGCCCCUACGUCCUCCCACCCCACCUGUUAUGCCAGAUGAUCUGCUGCCCAUUGACAGCAAAGCCCCCAGCCAGCCCUUUCAGCUCCGCCAUAGUGACCCAGAGGGAGAUUUCUAUAAGGGUAAAGGUGAACCAGUCACAGAGCUGAGUUGGCCCUCUUGCAGGCAGCUUCUCUAUCAGUCAGUAGCAACAGUGCUGGCCCAUGCUGGAUUUGAAUCCGCUCAGGAGAGUGUCCUGGAGACCCUGACUGACCUGGUCCAUGAGCACUACCUGCGUCUCACCCGCCUGCUGCGAAUGGCAGUGGACCGCGAGGCUCGGCUGGGAGCCAGUCCCUUCCCAGAUGUGGUGGAGCAAGUGUUCCAUGAGGUUGGCAUCGGCAGCGUGCUGGCCCUGCAGCGCUUCUGGCAAGUGAGGAUCAAAGACUAUCACAGCUACAUGCUGGAGGUCAGUAAGGAUCUGUCAGGGGAAUACGAGCGGCUUAUGAAUCCAGAAAAAGCUCUGGAGGACUCCAAGCCUCCAAGGAUCAAAGAGGAGCCUAUGAGUCACAUCCCCUUCCCUGUUAGUGAGGAGCCCGAAGCUGACCUUGCUUCUGGGGACCAGGCUUUGCCCAUGGGGGUCCUCGGGGCGCAUGCUGAGAGACUAACUUCAGGCCUGGAAGGUGACCAUUCCCCUCACACAUCAGGUGGAGGCGGAGCCAACAACUCCCCUCUGUGGCCCCAGGUGAAAAUGGAGCCGCAGGACGGCGAGGAAGGCCAGGGUGCCGGGCAUCACCAUCACCACCACCAUGGGGUCCUGGGUGGAGACGUGUUCGAGGAGGGGGGACCUAUGUCCACAAUGAGCGAGACAGGAGGAGCCAUGGCACCCUCACCUGGAGGAGCAGCAUCCGACGGCAGUUAUGCUUCACACUCGCCCGACUCUCUGAUGGGAGCCUCGCCCGUUUUUAACCAGAGACCCAGGAAACGGAUGAAGAAGAUGUGAAGACAAGCGAGAAUCUCUGAGACUGACUCUGAACUGACGAUGAAGAGGGCGUUUUGUAGUUUUUUUCUGUUUGUUUCUAUUAAUAUGAUUUGAAAAAGCUUUGUACUAAAUAUAUUAAGUUUAUAAUCAAAUAAACAUGUUUUGAAGCAAAGCUGGUGUUAAUUUACCCAAUAAAUGUUCAAGAAACUACAAGAAGUUUUUUAGUUAAACUAAUAAAUUGAACUGAGCUCCAAAACCAAAUAA